UGCGCUGUUAUCAAUUUGGGGAAGGACUGGAUUUCCCAGAGAGCUUGUGUCAGACCUGGGGACUCAGUUCACCUCGCGGCUAAUGAAGAAGUUAUUAGAGUUGUGCGGAAUUAAACACCUAACGUCCACACCUUAUCAUCCGCAAACGAAUGGCCUAGUAGAAAACCUGAACAAAACACUAGUGAAAAUGAUCAAGGCCUAUAGCCAGCAGAGACCCCACGACUGGGACACCAAGUUGCAGCAGCUGUUAUUCGCAUAUCGAUCAGUCCCACAGGACAGCACUGGUUACUCGCCUUUUGAAUUGUUAUUCGGAAGGAAGGCUCGUGGACCCCUUGAUUUGAUCAGAGAGCACUGGGAAGCAAGUCCUACGCCAGAUCCUGUUCCUGUCGACGACUACAUCAAGGAUCUUCAGUCAACAUUAAAGAUGGCCAGGGACAUCGCCCAGGAACAUCUUAUGACGGCCCAGGAGCAACAAAAGACCCGAUACGACGCAACGUCGAGACCCCGAGACUUCAACGUCGGAGAUGAGGUCCUGUUUUUAACACCCAACAAGAACAACAAACUACAGAUGGACUGGACUGGACCGUGGAGGAUCGUCAGGAAGCAGAACCAUGUGAACUGUGAAAUCCUAGAUGAACGAUUGGGGAUUGAGAAACGGGUGCAUGUAAACAUGAUUAAGCCGUAUGUAAAUAGGUCGGCAAAUGUUUACUGUAUAGUAUCAGAGGAAGAUACAGGUCCUUUUUCAUUUUGGGAAGGUAAUAGGGAGAUACAUAGAAACUUGGAUAAAGUAUCCAUAAAUUCAGACUUAUCUCCAUCACAACAAAGAGAAGUUAAAGGUAUCUAUAGUGAUUGUAGGGAGGACCAUCUUAAGCAUCUUGAUUUUGUGUUGGGCAGGUUAUUAGAAGCUGGGUUAACUAUUAAAGCUUCUAAAUGCAAGUUAGGAAACCAUACGUCUAAGUAUUUGGGACAUAUUAUAGGUGGAGGGUGUAUCAGACCUGAUCCUACCAAGGUCAAAGAUAUACACCAAUGGCCAAUCCCGAAAACAAAAAAACAAAUUAGAUCAUUUCUUGGUUUGGCCGGAUAUUACCGAAAGUUCAUUCCGUCUUUCAGUAAUUUAGCUGCCCCAUUAUCAGACCUUACAAAAAAGAAACACCCAAACCAAGUAAUAUGGUCUUCCAAGUGUCAGGAAUCCAUGGACAAUUUAAAAAGGGCCCUUACUUCUGAUUCGGUUUUGAAAGCCCCAAAUUUUGAUAAUCCAUUUAUUUUAACUUGUGACGCUUCAGACACUGGACUAGGAGCAGUCCUAAGUCAAAUUGAUGAAGAUGGAGAGGAUAGGCCCAUACUAUUCCUCAGUAAGAAGUGGCAUUCUAAUGAGCUUAGCAUGUCCACAAUCGAGAAGGAAUGUUACUCGAUAAUUUGGUCCAUAAAGAAACUGAAACCAUACUUGUGGGGAAGGAAGUUUACGUUACAAACUGAUCACGCACCCCUAAGAUGGUUGGAUAAUGUAAAAGGGACCAAUAACAAAUUAUUGAGAUGGAGUUUAUCACUACAGGACUUUACAUUUGAUAUUAAACAUAUAAAGGGCAAAUGUAAUGUAGUAGCUGAUGCUCUAUCCAGAGCACCUUGAUCGGAAGACUUACAGGUUUGUAUUUAGAGUUUAAGGUAUGAUGCUAUGUUUAUGUAUAGAUAUGUAUUUGGUGUUACUCUCUAUUAUUUUUGCUUAUUCUGGGUCUAGAAAAAGCAAAAAUAAUCUUUCCGGGUUGGAAGGUAUGUAAAGAUGUCAUGAUCAUUGUGUUUUAUUCAUGAUUGCUAUGUUAGGGUUGACUGUUUAAGGUUAUAUAUUUCAGCUAUUCUUAUACAGAAGCUGGGAGCCUCUAAGGCAUGGCCAGGAAAAGGGGCGUGGCUUCACCUUGCUGGUGGAAGCCUUAGAAUUCAAAAUUUAGCAGUUGGAAUUCGGCAGUUGGAGUUUGUCGGUUGAGCAGAGCAGUUGGUUCUGUUCAGUGAGAAAGGAGGGUGAUCAAAAAAAAGAGAUUGUGGGAGGAAGUUGAGCAGCUAGAGAGUUUUAGCGGAGAAGGGCUAAAAUUAAAGUUGCUGAGCCUUUAGUAGAGAUAACUAAAGAGCUGAGGCUGCAUCCCUAAGUCAAGGAAGACUAGGGUUAACCAGUUAAACUCCCCAAUCCAAGUUUGAUCGGGUACAGGUCAACUAAGUUCAAGAAGGACAGUAUUCCUAACUGAAAGAAACAAGUAAUAUAAAGCUGAUACCAUACUAAGCUCAGUGAAACUAUUGAGAAGUCUUGCAACACUUACUGUAUAGAAGUAACAUCGUUCAACUUAAGAUAUAACAUUCUUGCAACCAUCAAGCUUUGUGCUAUAAAUAAACAAGUUACUGUUUCUUCAAAUGUUGCUUAUUAUUUGAGCAAAGCAUCUUUCAAAGGUGGUGGCAGCGACAACAUUGAAAAAUGCUUUGCUCAAAUAAUAAGCAACAUUUGAAGAAACAGUAACUUGUUUAUUUAUAGCACAAAGCUUGAUGGUUGCAAGAAUGUUAUAUCUUGAGGUGAACGAUGUUAUUUCUGUAUAGUAAGUGUUGCAAGAUUUCUCAAUAGUUUCACUGAGCUUAGUAUGGUAUCAGCUUUAUAUUACUUGUUUCUUUCAGUUAGGAAUAUUGUCCUUCUUGAACUUAGUUGAUCUGUACCCGAUCAAACUUGGACUGGGGAGCUCAACUGGUCAACCCUAGCCCUCCUUGACUUAGGGAUAUAGCCUCAGCUCUUUAGUUAUUCCUACUAAAGGCUCAGCAACCUCAAUUUUAGCCCUUCUCCGCUAAAACUCUCUAGCUGCUCAACUUCCUCCCACAAUCUCUUUUUUUCGAUCACCCUCCUUUCUCACUGAACAGAACCAACUGCUCUGCUCAACCGACAAACUCCAACUGCCGAAUUCCAACUGCUAAAUUUUGAAUUCUAAGGCUUCCACCAGCAAGGUGAAGCCACGCCCCUUUUCCUGGCCAUGCCUUAGAGGCUCCCAGCUUCUGUAUAAGAAUAGCUGAAAUAUAUAACCUUAAACAGUCAACCUAAACAUAGCAAUCAUGAAUAAAACACAAUGAUCAUGACAUCUUUACACAUAUAUUAUUAACAUUACUGUGACAACACAAAUUUGGUUGGUACACAUCACGUUUCCACAAUGGUAAACAAUAGCAAUCCCCUGGUUGACACAUCCUAAUCCUUUUAAUGCCCAAAGUUAAUCUGAUUGAUGAUCCAUCUCAAUGCUAUGGACAACCAAAACAAUUACUGCUCUUGCACUAUUAUUUGCCAUUCACACUGCCAAAGAGUCUAAAGCUAUUUCUUAAGACAGCAGAGACAGAGUUAUGCAAGUCUUUGCUGUUGAACAUCAGCAAGACAUUAAGUGAUACUUGACAUUUUCAGAAGAGCAAAAGACCAAAGUGAUCUGUUAUCAGUUCCUGACCUUUUGGGUGAUGAGGGGGAUAUAGAUUUGGAAGCUGCCCACUGAUCAAAGCAGUGGAAUUAUAGGAUGGCACAUGAUUCAGGUAUUUCUCCAUGGACUAAUUUUGUGGUUAAAAUGCCCUUGAAUUACAUUCACACCUUGAAGGGAGAAGAGUCACUUGGACAACAUCACCAUACAGCCCGAUAAACUCACAGCAACCCAGUGAUUCCAGCCAUGAAAGCCUUCAACAACACAAUCUUAGACCCCUUUUACACUGCCAUAUAAAAUCUAGAAUAUCUGCUUUGAACUGGAUUAUAUGGUAGUGUAGACUCAUAUAAUCCAAUUCAAAGCAGAUAAUGUAGAUUUUCUACUUUGAUAAUCUAGAUUAUAUGGCAGGGUAGAAGGAACCUUACUCAAGAAUCCUGCAGAAACUUGCAAAAUUCUAAGUUUGCUUGUUUGCACAAAAGCAUCAGUGCCUUGGGAGCUUCCUUAAUCCCCUAAUUUCACAGAGUUGUGGUCAGAUUUCCUGUAUGUUUGUAAUUCCUGCUGUUACAAUGAUUCAGUUUUCUGGUCAGCUUUUUUACAAUUGGGCACAGACGUGAUAGCCUGUAUACACUACUUCCAGAUUCACUUUUUUCACUAUAGUGAACAUUCUGCUUUGCUCUGGCAGGAAGCGGUUAAACUGGCAGCCUCCCGUCCCUACUCUUUACAUGAACUUUUCUAUUACAACAGGCCUUUGAGGACUUUCUGCUUAGGUGGAACUGAUCUUGUACAAUGUGCUGUAUCUUGAUUUGUUGUGUUCUUUGUGCUCUAUAUCGGAUGUGUUUUAAUUUGUUUUAAAAUUUACUUUUAAAUGGGGGUUGGACUUAAUGACCCUUGUGGUGUCUUCCAGUUCUUAUGAUUUUUCAGUCUUUUGUAUUUUAUGAUGGUAUUAAUUGUGAGGUUUUUUUAACUAUUGUAAGUUGCCUUGAGUCCUAAACUGAGGGAAAAUAAGGAUAUAACUAUAACAACUUAAGAUAUUUUUUCAUUUUUUGUUCUCAUGUUAUUGAAAUGCUUUGAAGAUUUGUGAUUUCUUUGAUGUGAGUGAUUCCUUCACUGACACAGAUUAUAGCUGUCCUACACAUAUCCUACACAUAGUUGCUAUAACCAAAUCAAGAUCUGGUGGUUGCUUGUCUGAUGCGAAGACAAAUGAAUUUUUUUUAAACCAAGAAGAAAAUGAAGUGAGACUCUGCUAACAAUAUAUAUAUAUAACUAGCUGUGGCUGGCCACGCAUUGCUGUGGCGAAGUAUGGUGGUAUGGGAAAUAAAGUAUUGAGGAAUUGCUGGUAGUUAAGGUAAAGGGUAAAGGUUUUUCCCUUACAUUAAGUUCAGUCGUGUCUGACUUUGGGGAAUUGGUGCUCAUGUCCAUUUCUAAGCUGAAGAACUGGUGUUAUUCUUAGCCUCCUCCAAGGUCAUGUGGCAUGACUGCAUGGAGCGCCGUUACCUUCCCGCUGGAGCAGUACCUAUUCAUCUACUCUCAUUUGCAUGUUUUUGAACUUUAGGGUUGGCAGAAGCUGGGGCUAACAGUGGGGGCUCUCUCUGCUCCCCCAAUUCGGUGCAGAA